CGCGAGGUCGAACACGUGGGGUUAUAGCUUGUGCUAUGCUAUGCUAUUGGCCAGUAGUAACCACCCGAUUACAGUCAAACGACCGUCUUCUAAACCGUACCUUUGUAUUCAGCUCGAUCCAGCCUGACAGACAUAAUAAAACGUCACGAUGUUCAAUUCGAGGGUCAAACGAAAGAUAACGUCCUGGCGAAUGUUUAACAGACCGCAGAGUGCGGCUACGAGGCAGGAGGCUGAGAUGAUGAACAAGGCCCAACGGGCUAUACACGCAACCACGGAUCCUAUCGAGAAGUUACGUUUGCUCUGUCUGGCUAGAGGUGCCAAUGGCAUCCUCGGUCUUGGCAGAGCUUUUCGUCGUAUGGAUGAUGAUGGAAAUAAACAAUUGAAUUUGGAGGAAUUUAUUAAGGGAGUGCACGACACUGGUUUGACGAUUCCGGAUAAUGAGAUUGAAGAAAUUUUUAAGAAACUUGAUGCAGAUGGUAGUGGAGGUAUCAACGUUAACGAGUUCAUUGUUGCUGUCAGGCCACCAAUGCCAGAAAGUCGCAAAAAGGUAGUGGAGCAUGCUUUUAAAAAAUUGGAUAAAACUGGAGAUGGUGAAAUCACUAUUGACGACUUACGUGGUGUUUACAAUGUCAAGUGUCAUCCACGUUAUAUAAGCGGUGAAGAAAGCGAAGAAAGCAUUUUGAAUAAGUUCCUUGGAAAUUUUGAGCAGGAUUCUACUAAGGACGGAAUUGUAACGUUAGAAGAAUUUCUAAACUACUACAGCGCUAUCAGUGCGAGCAUUGAUCACGAUGCUUAUUUCGAUCUGAUGAUGCGCAACGCUUAUAAAUUGUGAAAUUUUAAAAGACAAUCGCAACGCUACUGGAAACAGAGAAGACGUUUGUAUUCGUAAAUUCGUGUCAGACGGAUAUACGAAUAUAUUGUAUUUAUAUACUAGAAGUAUUUACUGAUAUUAGAUGGGAGAAAAUUAUGAUGCAUUCCCGUAAGUGCCUUAGUCUGUAGAUAAUUUUAAUUUAAUGAAAAAUUAUCACACGGUAUAUAGUACCGAAAUAUUUUUUAACGAAUGCUCGUGCAUACGGAGCGAUAACAUAGUAUUAUACAGGCUUUCAUUAUGUGUGGUAAUAGUAGCAAUUAAUUAGCUUUUAAUUAACAAAGUUGGUUGUAGGGUCCAAUGAAGCAAUGUCAAACCGUGCAACUGACACGCGAAUAGCAUUUUGUCUGUAGUGAUUAAAGGACAAUUGAUUUGUAAUAAAUCUAAUAAAAAUAAUAAUUGUUGAAAAAGCUUUUUCAAUAAUUUUAUUUUGAUUGGCAAAUACCCGACGACUUAUUUAUAUUUUAAAACGAACGUAGCAUAAUCUAUAGAUUGUGUUAAAUUAUUUUUUAUCAACUUGAUGACAGAGGUCAUUUUUAGGAACAUCGACUGAUUUAACCUUCGAUUUCAAUUAAUUAUAUUUAUUAUAUAUAAUGCAAUGACAAUUAAGGAUCCCAACGUUGCGGAUGAACGAGCGACGAUUUCGUACGGAUUUGUCACUUUAGAAAUCGACUGCUUUGUUGCUGCCAUAAUAUUUUUAAUGAAAUACAUCUUACGCAAUGUACCAGCAACAAAAUUAACAGAUUUUCCGAACUACGCGUUCUACGUAACAGCAAUUGUUUACUCAAGUAUCACAUUUUAAAUGGCUAUUACUUAUUAAGAGAUUCAAUUUCUAGAAUGCUGCGACACAUCUAUCACUAAGUUCGAAUGACAAUUAUAAUUAGCGAUAACUUUUUAAAAGCGAAUAACCUCGGUUAUGAACGAUUGGAAAUCGAAAUGUAGAAUGGAAUUCAAAAACGGUAAAAGUGAAAACAGAACGGUCAUGUUUGCUUUGUAAAAUUUGCUUCCUACUUGAGAAAUACUGCAAUAAGGCAAUAUCUAAAUUUGUUAUUUUUCUGCAAUAUCGUUUUGAUAAGAAAAUAUUUCUUGCAUUUCAACCUAUUUUUUUCGUUUCUAAUCAACGUAUGAUUCCGGAAUCAGGAUAAUUUUUAAAUCACAUGGGACAAAGUGCACUGGUAUGCUUCUAUUCGAUUGAGACCUUUUUAUCUUUAUCAAGCACAUCCGUAGUGCAAGGUCCAAGAUAAAACGGUCAUUUGCAUUAUCUAAUCCGUUUUCCAAGUUACCAAUCUACAAUUAUCUGUUAUCUGUAUCCUUAAAAGUAGUCAUAUGUAUAAAUACAUUGAGACCCGUUCGUUCUCAUCUUAAAUAUUA